UGAAUGUUUCUGCUGUGUAAUUUUAAACUCUUUGGCCAUUUAAAUUUAAUAAGUGUUAAUUACUGUUUAUUAGUGUUAAUAAUUUUUGUAAUUUAUCGCGACUUUUCGUACCUAUAAUUAGACUCUACAACUAUAUGGAUUAUAAAGAAUAUUUCAGAAGAAUGCAUCUUGAGAGCCUUAAAUGAAAUAACAUCAAUUUUGUAAUUAAAGGAAAAGCAACUAAAUACAACAUUUUCCAGUUUAUUCCUGAUUAUCAACAAUAAAGGAAUUCAUUAAAUCUGUCAAUUCAAGCCAAAUUAUGAGCAAUUAACAUUUUAUUGCUGAUUUUUACAACCAGUCUACUUUCGAACUAUUCCUACUAUCAACCAACAAUUAUGAAUAUAUUGUCCUUUCGAUUUAAUUCCAAGGAUUACCCGAGGAAAAAAUUAACCGUUCGUAAAAUACUUUCAAUAAAUUGAAAGCAACAGAAUCGAAAUGAUUAAAUAGAAGUACGAAAAUAAAAUUUAAAAAUAAAAAUUAAGCAUAUUUAAUUAAAGACAAAAACCAAACAGCAUGUGCAAAUGUUGAACGGACUCAUUUUCGGAACUUCAGGUAGAAAUGGGAUUACGACGAUAAUUGAACUUCAGAGACAAAUACCACAACAUGGCUCAAUGCUAUCUGAUUCUGUUUGUCCUUUUUAUGUAUUCAGGAUCACUCGAAGGCGCAUCAAAACGAUUCUUUACAGAUUUUCUACAAGAACUACCCACACCCGGUACUGGAGGACCAACUUUUGAUACCACAGUGCCCGCAAAUAUAACCGGGUUAGUGGGGAAAACCGUCAAGCUGGUGUGCCGAGUGAAAAACCUGGGAAAUCGAACGGUCUCUUGGGUGCGACAUCGUGAUAUUCACCUGCUUACAGUUGGUCGUUAUACAUAUACAUCAGACCAACGAUUUGAAGCCAUGCACUCGCCGCACGCUGAGGACUGGACACUUCGAAUACGUUAUGCACAGAGAAAGGACUCAGGCAUCUAUGAAUGCCAAAUAUCGACAACUCCUCCAAUAGGACACUCAGUCUAUCUGAACAUUGUUGAACCUAUUACAGAAGUAAUUGGCGGCCCUGAACUCCACAUCAACAGAGGAUCAACAAUAAACCUCACAUGUAUAGUAAAAUUUGCUCCAGAACCUCCGCCCACAGUAAUUUGGUCGCACAACCGACAAGUCAUAAAUUUCGAUUCACCCCGAGGUGGAAUAUCAUUAGUAACAGAAAAGGGUGUCCUUACAACCAGCCGGUUAUUGGUUCAAAAAGCCAUCCAACAGGAUUCGGGACUGUAUACGUGUACGCCAUCAAAUGCAAAUCCAACAUCAGUUCGAGUACAUAUCGUAGAUGGCGAACAUCCAGCAGCAAUGCAUCAUGGCGGUGUCUCCCCCAACUGCAGACUGUCACAUACAUUACUCCUAUUGUUAUCCCUGGCAAUAACAUUUCGAUUGCAUCAUAAGAUUCGAUGGAAAAAUUCCAAAAAGCUAUCGAGUACAUAGCCCUUAAUGGAAUUGUCACUGUAAAAUUUACUAUCCUGUUAUCAUUAUUAUUA